UUUGAUUAAAUGUUAAGUGAUUUGAGUAGUCCAGCUAGUCGGAGCGAUGCAGGACGAGGCGAAUUUGAAGAAGCUGAAGAGGAUGAAGUUAUUAAUGAACAAGCACUUCGAGAUGUAGAGGAUAUGGUUCAGGACAUGGCAGAAGGGAUUCAAGAAACGUUAAUCGAUAAUCCAAGUCUCAAAGAAAGUUUACAAAAAUCAUUACAAGAAAUAAGAAAAGCAGUAAAUAGCACCGAUGAUAUAAUAACCGACGUUGAUGACACUGUCGAAAAAUAUUGCCAUCCAGAACGUAAAGAUUAUGAUACAGCAGUAGUAGCGGAGUUACAAGAGGCUGAACGGCAAGCACAACAAACAGCUGCAGUAAUAGCAGAGAUUAAACAGAGUGUUGCUCAAUUAACAGAGAAACCGCAUAUGACCGACGAUGAAAAUAUUCAAUUAGAACAAAAAAACAAACAAUUAGCAGCACUUUUACAAGAAUUUGAAGCGAAAACACAUCAAAUACGAAUGAUAGUAAAUCAUAUUGAUGAAAAUUAUGGCAAAGAUAAUGCAAUUGGAGAAAUUCAAAAACAGAGAGAAAUUAAAGAUGAGGAAAUGUUACCAAAAGUUAUUAUUUGUGGUACAAUUGAAAAUAAUAUGCCAAAAUUAAUAAUUUGUGAUACGGAUAAAAAAGUGAAAAAUAAUAGUAAAACAGCGUCAUCAUCAGCGUCGCCAGCAGCUCAGUCAAAAUUUACUGAACCACCAUUGUUACCUCCCGCUGUGAGUGUAAUGCCGCAAUUCGCUAGACGUUUAAAUGAAAGUUACAACAUGCAAGAAAAACUUGCAGCUGAAAAUGCUGAUCUCGAAGGUAAAAGAUAUCAAUUACAAGAAGAGAUUAUAAAUAAAGAUCAAACCGUAGAAAGUCUUCGACAGAAAGUUAAUUGUCUGCAAACUGAAUUACGUGUAUUAUUAUCAGAAAAACUUCAUAAGGGAGAUACUUGCUGUGGUAGUGGUUGUCAUAAAGGCAGUAAGAAUCCUACAAUGGCGUGCAAUUGUCCUGGAAAAGCUCCUGGAAUUUGUCCUGGCGAUGUUGAAUCAAGAUUACAAAACUAUUCGGACACAACGCAUGUGUUGGAAAAACAACUUGGAGAAAUGGAGUCACAAGUAAAAAGUAUGCAAGCAGAAUUGGAAAGCGUGCAGAGAGAAAGAAUGAUGCUUGAACAGCAACGCCGUGCUGUAGCUGGUAAAUCUGGACCUUAUGCCACAAAUAAUUAUCAUCUUUCAGGGGGUGGUGGUGGAGGAAAAGUAUGUAUGGGGCCAUGCAGUCUUUCGGGACCAUGUAACAACGGCCCUGGUGAGAAACCACAAGAAGGUGAAUCACAAAUACUACGAAACGAACGAAUGGCUUAUACAACCCAUGCGAUUAGAAGUGCUUCAGCAAACGCAGGCAGCGGAGGUCCUGUAGAACAACAAUUAAGAGAACUGCGUGAACAAUAUGCUCGAUUACAGGACGAUUUUCGAUCAAAGUUAACAGAAGUAGCACAAAUGCGUGCCGAUGCUGAAAUAUUAAAACAGCAAAUUAAAGAUUCUGAAUUAAACAGAGAGCAGGCAGUAUCAAAUUUGAAAGAUAAAGAACGUGAAAUUAAGAACUUACAAAUGGAAAUAUCUCGAGCUCUCGGUAGUAAAGAAUAUCGUGCUGAGCAAGAACAACAACUAUUUUUAACUCGACAAAAACUGCGUGAAAGUCAAGAUGAACUUGAUGAAUUGCGCUCAAUUGUUGGUGAUCAAACAGCACAAUUAGAUGAUUACAGAAAUAAAUAUUUACAAGCACAACAAAUUGUUGAAGAACAACGGAGACAAAUCGAUGUCAUGGAAAUGGAAAAUCAACGAAUCAGUGAUCAAGUAAAUUUAGAAAUACAACGAGUGAAAAAUCAAUUUCAAGAAAAAUUACAAGAAUUAACACCAUUACCGGAUAUUUUAAAAGCUACACAAUUGAAAUUACAAGAAGCACAACAAUUACAAUUGAUGGCAGAACGUAAUGCGGAAAAAAUGGAAUUAGAAUUACAACGUUCAAAAGAUAGAGAAAUGGCACUUAUAUCAGAAAUAGAUAAAGCACGGGAAACUGAUUCAACAACAUCGGAUCAAGUUGUUAAAUUGACAAAAAUGUUACAUAUGUGUGAAAAGAAAUAUGAUGAGUUGAAAUUUGAUAACGACAAUGCCAAAUUAGAAAUAUGUCGAUUAGAAGAAUUAAACACGCAAAAUGAAAAACGAUUAGACGAAAAACUUCAUGAAAUUGUUCAAUUGAAUAGUCAAUUGGAACAGUUACGUGAGGAAUCUGCACGUCAAGUCGCAAGAACUAAGGAACGUGCUGAAAAUCUACGCCGACAAUUACAAAUGCAGAUUUCAGAUAUGGAACGUCAAUUAGUACUUAGUCGAGCAUCAUGUCGAUCUGCACAAAAAGAGCGAGAUGAAAUUCGUCAAAAAAUGCAAUGUCAAAUAAACAAUUUAAAUGAAAAUUUUGAACAAGCACAAUCACGCAUACGCAGUUUGCAAGGACAUGUUAACUUUUUAAAGAAUUCAUAUUCUAAUAUAUUUCAAGAAGGUGAUGCUGGAGGACAAAUUCUUGAAGCUUGUAGUUGUAACACUACCUCUUAAUAUAUGGGAAAUAAUACAUUUUAAAAUAAUAGGGAUAAUAGUUGAAAUUCAUCAAGUUUUUCGCAAUAUAUUCAUUUCUUUC